AUGAAAUUGCAUUAUAAGCAUCUUAAGAACGUCUUACAUGUGAACCCUUAUAGUCAUCCAUACGAACAUGUGACUCAAGAGGAUUGGCGCCACUUAAUUGACGAUGUGUGGAAAAGCAAAGAACACAAGGUGAGAUCAAAAGCUGGCAAAAAGAAUAGGAAAAAGUUUGAGUACAAUCAUUGUUUAGGAUCUCGGUCAUUUGUUGCAACAAUGACUAUACAGCCGGAGUUUAAUGGUUCUGAAAAUCUUGAAUUUUUAGAAUUCUAUAAGAAAACACAUACCAAGAAGAACAAAGAGUGGAUUGAUCCUAUUUGCACCGUGAAACAUGUAGGUAUCUAAAAUCUCAAUAAUCAUUUAAAUUAGUUUCUGCUUUUGCAAGGUUAUAUACAUUUAAUUCUGUUGUUACCUUUGCAUUGACAGU